UAAGCAUUCAGUUCAAUGAUUGGAAGGAUCUUCAGCGUUAUAGUAUGGGGUCCUCUUAUUUAUCCGACUUUAUCUCAGUCAGUAGAAAAGAGUCUCAUCGUGGAAGGCAAGAGGGAAAAGAAAAAAGUAGAGAGGUUGACAAUGCAAGUCUCUUCUUUACAAAGAGAGCCAUUUACAAUUGCACAAGGAAAGGGGCAGAAACUGUGUGAAAUUGAAAGGAUACAUUUUUUUCUGAGUAAGAAGAAAACAGAUGAACUUAGAAAUCUACAUAAACUACUUUAUAACAGACCAGGCACAGUUUCCUCAUUAAAGAAGAAUGUGGGUCAGUUCAGUGGCUUUCCAUUUGAAAAAGGAAGUACCCAAUAUAAAAAGAAGGAAGAAAUGUUGAAAAAAUUUAGAAAUGCCAUGUUAAAAAGCAUCUGUGAGGUUCUUGAUUUGGAGAGAUCAGGUGUAAAUAGUGAACUGGUGAAGAGGAUCUUGAAUUUCUUAAUGCAUCCAAAGCCUUCUGGCAAACCAUUGCCAAAAUCUAAAAAAACUUCUAGUAAAGGCAACAAAAAGGAACGGAACAGUUCUGGAAUGGCAAGGAAAGCAAAGCGAACCAAAUGUCCUGAGAUUCUGUCAGAUGAAUCUAGCAGUGAUGAAGAGGAAAAGAAAAACAAAGAAGAGUCUUCAGAGGAUGAAGAUAAAGAAAGUGAAGAGGAGCCACCAAAAAAGACAUCUAAAAAAGAAAAACCUAAACAGAAAGCCACUUCUAAAAGUAAAAAAUCUGUAAAGAAUGCUAAUGUGAAAAAGGCAGAUAGCAGCACCACCAAGAAGAAUCAAAACAGUUCCAAAAAAGAAAGUGAAUCUGAGGAUAGUUCAGAUGAUGAACCUUUAAUUAAAAAACUGAAGAAACCUCCUACAGAUGAAGAGUUAAAGGAAACAGUAAAGAAAUUAUUGGCCAGUGCUAACUUGGAGGAAGUUACAAUGAAACAGAUUUGCAAAAAGGUAUAUGAAAAUUACCCUGCUUAUGAUUUAACUGAAAGAAAAGGUUUCAUAAAAACAACUGUUAAAGAGCUAAUUUCUUGAGAUAGAGGACAGAGACAGAUGGCUUGUUCCAUGGAUUUAAAGAUUUCAUUUAUACCAUUAUACCAGCAAAGAGAAUGUAUUUCCUUUUCUAAAUCCUUGCAAGCAUUGUGUUGGUAGAAUUUACUGCUGACUUUUUUAUCUUGGGUGUUAACGUAAAUUUGCAUUUGCCAUUUUUUAAAUUGCAUUUCUAUGCAGUUUUUAGUUUAAAAUUUUGCAUGGCAGUAAUUGUUCCUUGCUUUUAUAGUUGCAUUUUGUACAUUUUGGAUUUCUUUAUAUAAGGUCAUAGAUUCUUAAACUGUUAUAGUUUUUAGUGCAGUUAAUAUUAGCUUAAGACAUUUUUAAUUGACUAGGACAGAAACUAUUAUAACUGGCAUUUAUACAUGCAGAAACCAAUGCAGUAUUUAGUAUAUGACAUAUUUUGAAUACAGCACAUUUGUCGGUGUAAAAACUCAAUGGCAGUGUGUUCAUCAUAUUAAGAAUGUACAAGCUUUAGCUGUCCAGAUGACUAAAUUGGAACUUUUCUCCUGCAUGUAUAGAUAUGUCAAUUUGUCAGCAUGAUGAAAGUGACAGAUGUUAUUUUUGUAUUUUCAAAAACAAAUUGGUUGUAUAUAGUUUUUUUAUUUCUUUUGUGAGAUCAAUUUUUAAACCCAUAUAGAUAGGUAUCUUUACCGUUAUAAACUCAAAUGUCAGUGUUCAGCCAGAUGGUAGUACAGAGCAGUGGAAGUCAGAAUUCAGUAAAGAAAACACUGAAGGACACGAACAGAUAGUUCUCUACUUUGAAAGUGUCAUCGAUUUGUAGUUUUAGUUUCAAUUCUGCAACCAUUGUCUGUAGACACAUUUUCUAUUAAGGAUAGACCAAAUCAACAGAACUUCAAAAAUUUAGGGAAAAUUGGGAUUAAGUCCAAGAACAUUUGGCUUAUAAUAAAUGACUGAUUUUUUAUUAACUGCUUUUGCCCAUAAAAAAUGCUGAUAUUUACAGGAAACCAGGACCUUUAUAAUUAUGACAAAAAGUACAAGGUGUAAUGCCAGAAUUGUGUAGGCAGUAGUAUCUCUGACAAAGUAUUUCUCAAAAAUGGUAAGACUUAUUUUUAACAUUAAAGAAAUUUAAUGUGUCUGUAGUAUUAGAACUAUUGGGUUUUAAAUUUUGCCUAAUCAGGAUUCUAGGUGAUUCAACAUAUGGGCCACCCCUGAAUGAAACUAAUUUGUCUUUUAAAUUGACUGUUUUAAUCAGUUUAUUAAUUAAUUUCUGAAUUUUAAAACAUGCUGCUUGAGAGAAUUAGGCCUUUUGAUAAACCAGUUGAGUAUUUAAAAUAAAAAUAUCUUUGCAUCAUGGAACAGAAAUAUGUAAACAUCUAUUGUUAACAGGUGUUUUCACAAUUUUGAUUUGUUUCUUGAUAAAGUUGUUAAGAUGUUAGGAAAAGAUACACUUAAUAAACGAAUGAAAUAAACUAAG